UUAAUCAUAUAGCUUAUGUUAGGUAGCUUCAAAUUUAAUAACUUUCAAGUUUCAUUCCAAACAAACUUGAUUAAACCAAAAGUCGAAAAAUGAGAUUAAGAAUUUGCAGCACACAGUUGCAGGCUUUGACACAAGAAGCUGCAACAUUUGUUAAACAAGCUGUUAAUCUAGCAACAAGAAGAAGUCAUUCACAAGUUACUCCUCUUCACCUUGCUACUGUCAUGCUUUCAAAUUCCACUACACUUCUCCAUAAAGCUUGUCUUCAAUGCCAUUCUCAUCCUCUCCAUUACAAAGCACUAGAGAUUUGCUUCAAUGUUUCGCUCAACCGUUUGCCUUCAUCGACAAUAUCAAGUCCUCUUUUGGGAGGUCCUCAAUAUUCAUCUCCUUCACUUUCUAAUUCGUUAGUUGCGGCUUUCAAACGUGCUCAAGGUCACCAACGCCGUACUACUUCUAUUGAGAAUCAGCAACAAUCUAUUUUAGCCUUGAAAAUUGAAGUUGAACAGUUAAUAAUCUCUAUUCUUGAUGAUCCUUGUAUUAGUAGAGUUAUGAGAGAAGCUGGUUUCUCUAGUACACUUAUUAAGAACAAGGUUGAACAAGCACUUAUAAGUCAUUCUGAGGAAAACACUUAUACGCAACAAGUCCGAGGUAACAAUGUGUCUUCAUCUACAUCUUUUGAUCUACUUGGUGGUUCUAUAGACCAUAAUGAUGUAACUAGUGUUUUUAGUGAACUUGUGAAUAAGAGAAGAAACACGAUUAUUGUUGGCGAGAGUCUUGAAAAUGUUGAGGAAGUAGCUAAGGGAGUGAUGCAAAAGUUCGAGAGAAGAAACGUCGAUCAAGGAGAGUUAAGGUACAUGCAAUUUGUGAGUGUUCCUCUUGUUUCCUUUAAGAAUAUUAGCAAGGAAGAAGUUGAAAGGAAGAUUGUGGAGCUUAGGAGGUUGAUAAGAAGCUAUGAAGGAAGAAGAUUUAUUCUAUACUUUGGUGAUUUAAAAUGGUUGUUUGAGUUUUGGUCAAAUUAUUGUGAACAAAGAACAAGAAGCUACUAUUGUUCUGUGGAACAUAUGGUUAUGGAGAUUAAAAAAUUGAUUAGUGGAAAUGAAGUGAAUGGUAAAUUUGUGCUUAUGGGGAUUGCAACUUAUACAAGUUACAUGAAAUGUAAAAUGUGGCAUCCUUCUCUUGAAGCUAUUUGGGAGCUUCAUCCCUUUAUUACAACUUGUGUUGGUAGCUUGAGCCUUACUUUAAGUCUUGAUAGUAAUUUUCAAGCUCAGGAGAGAAGCAAGAUGAAAAUCAAGGAUGAAUCUUUCGAAGAUGGCGUGAAAGUGAGCAAGCAUCCAGUUUUGCCAACAUGGCUCCAAAAUUGCAAGGAAGUGAGAGUUCAAACAAUGGAAAAUCAGAAAAAUGCAAAGCAAUGUGAUAAAGAAUGUGAAGGAAACUUAAUAAUGUUCAUUCCACAAAAUGUUUCUAAGCAAGAUCUUGUUUCAAAUCCAAACUCUAGCCCCAACUCAGCUUCUUCAAGUGAUGAAGUUGAUGGUUUUAAAAGUACUCAAAUGUUCAAUGAACUCAAUGAUGAGAAUAUGAAGAUUCUAUGUGAUGCAAUGGAGAAAAAGGUUCCAAACCAAAUUAAAAUAGCUAAGGAAAUUGCAAGCACAGUCCUUCUUUGUAGGUCAGGAAUGAGAAAAGGAGGAGAGAAAGAUAACUUCUUGGUCAAGAAAGAUGGUAAACAAGAGACUUGGAUGUUAUUUCUCGGCGUUGAUUCUCAAGCAAAAGAAUUAAUCUCAAAAGAGUUAGCGAAAGUUGUUUUCAGCUCUUACAGUAACUUUAUUACCGUUGGUAUGAGUAGUUUCUUCGCCGAAGGAAGUGACGAGUCAAAAAAGAAGAGGAAAAGGGAUGAGUUUGGUAGUAACUAUAUGCAGAGAUUUGGUGAAGCAAUGAAUGAGAAUCCUCAUAGAGUGUUCUACAUGGAAGAUUUCGAACAAGUUGAUUACUUUACUCAAAAGGGUAUUAGGAAAGCAAUCGAAAGUGGAAGUAUAAUACUUCCUUGUGGCGAAUCGAUACCUCUCAAGGACGCUAUUGUCAUUUUCAGUUCUGAAACAGCUUUUUCAUAUGAUGAAAACAUAGGGAAAGAGAAUGUUGAUAACUUGGAGGAGCAGAAACCAUGCCUCUCUUUGGAUCUCAAUAUGGCGAUUGAAGUUGAUGCACGGAAUGCGCAUAUAACUGAAGAGUUUCGGAUACUAGAGUUAGUUGAUAAGCAAAUUAAGUUUGAAACACAAGAACUGUGACAUGAAAGAAAGAAUGAAGAUAGAACAAACAUGUUAUGUUUGUGUAAUACUUAUUUUUUUUCUUCAUAAGUGUGGUUAACAAAGUAAUGGAUGCAAAAUUAUUAGAUAGAAUACAACUUUAUGUGCAUUUUACAAUCUUCUGCUUAUUCUGAUUGAAUUUUUCAUGUAUCUAAUAUGUUGUAAACUGAACUAUAUCUAUAUCUAACAUAGCCACAAAUAAUAAACAAACACAAAGUAAAUUCUAAUGUUCUAAAAUCUCUAAAUUAUUGAAUAUCAAAAUUACAAUU